CUGCCUCCCGUCACUUUUGGUGACAAGUUUGAUAUGAGAAAAUUUACGUUUUGAAUUGGAUGAAAAUGAUUUGUUUUGUAGUGGGUCCUAAGAAGAACUCUCUCCAUAUCUCUCUCUCAACAGUUGAAUGAGCAGCAGAAGGAAUCAGGGAGAGCUGAGCGGAGGGGAAGCGGGCUUUUCGUUGGUAUGAAUGUGACUGGCGAUAUAUGUCCCCACGGAAUACAUUUCAAAAAUAAAUGGUGGACAAAAAAAAUUUGGAGAGAGAGAGAGUGGAAGCAGAACAGGUGAGAGAAGAAGUCAGAGACUGAGAGCAAUAGCAGUGGAGCGCCUCACACUCUCACUCACCCUCUCUUUCUCUCUCUCUCUCUUGCUAUUGGAAGCAAAUAAAAAGAGGAAGAAGAAGACACGCGCAGAGAGAGAGAGAGUGAGAGAGGGGGAGAGGAGGGAAAGACAGUGGUUUUGGGGUUCGAAAACGAAAGACCACAACGAUAACAACAACCAAAACCUCUCCCUCCCUCCCUCUCUCUCUCACCCUAGCCCUAACUCUAAUCUGCCAUUGAAACUCCUGCAAGUCCACCUUGAGAGAGAGGGACAGAGAGAGAGAGAGAGCAAGUGGGUAUCACUAAAUGCGAUGGGAAACGGCGUCUCUGUUCUCCUCCCCUGCGUCAGAGCCGGUCCUGGUGGUCAUCACGACUUGAUCUUCUCGGAGGAGCCGCUCGACCAGACGCUCGGCCAUUCCUUCUGCUACAUCCGACACGGGUGCCGCCUUCUUUCCCCUUCCGAUUCUGGCCGUUUCUCCCCCUCCUCCUCCUGUCGCCUCGCUGCUCCUGCCGCUGGCGUUGCGGCCGAGACAACCUUCCGCUCGAUCUCCGGCGCGUCCGUCAGCGCCAACUCCUCAGCCCCGAUUGCCGUCUUCUCCCAGGGCCAUUCGGACCACGAUGGGGGGCUCGGGUUUUCCUCCGUCGGUGGUGAUUAUGGGUUCAAUGUUGGCGGUAAGAACGGCGACAAUUUCUUCGUUAGCAGCUCGUUCUUUAGCUCCUUACCUCUGCAACCGGUUCCUCGGGUGCUGGUUCAGCAGAGCCAGGAGCUAGGGAAUUCAGGUAGGUUCGAGCGCGGAUUCAUGUCCGGUCCAUUGGAACGGGGAGCGGCCUCCGGGCCGCUGGAUAGUUCGGACGGCAUCCAUUUCUCGGCCCCCUUGGGCGGGUACUAUCUCAAGAAGAAGAAGAAGAGGCACGUUUUAUCUGGGGUUGCGAUCAAGAGGGCGUUCCAGAGGAAUUUCUCGGAGAAGAAGAGGCCUUGGGUUUUCCCAGUGCUUAAUUUCGUGGGACUGCAUCAACCUAGAGAGGUUGUCAGUUGUAAUGGUAACGAUAAUGGCAAUGACAAUGGCAGCAAGAGGAGGUACUGUGAUGAUUUGGAGAAAGAAGGUUGGAGCAGGGAUUUUGGUGACGGUCUUCAGUGGGCUCAUGGAAAAGCUGGGGAAGAUAGAGUGCAUGUGGUCGUUUCCGAGGAGAAUGGCUGGCUCUUUGUUGGUAUUUAUGAUGGUUUUAAUGGACCUGACGCUCCUGAAUUCUUGAUGUCUAACCUUUACAAGGCCAUUUUCGACGAACUUGAAGGCUUAUUUUGGGAAACUACACAGGAUUCAACUGCGAAAGAAAAUGGGGAAGAAGCCGAGGAUGCGGGAGGGACGGUGGAGAAUUUGGUGGGAGAGGGAAAUGGGCGCCAUCCACCUUCAAAGAUUGAUGACAACAGGCUGGCCGAUGAUGGUUGCAGCAGCUCCAGGAAACACGAUGGUGAUCCCGCGCAGGACAAUGGUAAAGAUGAUACGAUGCGGGGAAAUGGAUUGGCUGGUGAAGGAGCUCAGUCUAUAAAACACACUAAGAUAGGAAAGCACGAAUCAAAUCCAUCUUGUGGGUCCAUUAAAAGAGUGACCUUCCAAGAAGAGGCAAUGGAGGUGAAGAGAGGGAAACUUCUGUGGGAACUACUCGCCGAAGAAGACGACGAUGGGUUCUCCACUUGGGGUUCUGGUCGUUUUGGCUUUCGAACAGACAAUGCUGAUUGUGAUGGGUCAUCUACCGCAGAGGCAGAGCAGAAGGAAAGAGAUGGACGAUAUCGAAAUGACGCGUCCACGCCUUCAACGGUCAAUGCUACUGAUUCACUUCAUCGGCCUCGAAAGGGAACAUCCUUGCUCUUCUCCAAGCUAAAACUUAGUUUUAACAAGCACAAAGAGAAUCGUCGAAAAUUGUCCGGUUGGUCGUAUGAUUUAGACAAAGAGAAGAUUGAGGUGGAGAACCAAGUCGAUGAAAGAUCUAAGCAUAGCCUCCGAAAGUACAAAACUGGUCCUGUUGAUCAUGAUGCCAUCUUGAAGGCCCUUUCCAAGGCACUUGAAACUACUGAACUCGCAUAUCUGGAUAUGACCCAUAAGGCUAUUGAUCAGAACCCUGAGCUGGCGUUGAUGGGUUCCUGUCUAUUGGUGGUGUUGAUGAAGGAUGAGGAUGUGUAUGUAAUGAAUCUUGGUGAUAGUCGUGCUAUAGUGGCCCAAUACCAACCAGAAUUAGAUGCAUCUUUCAGGGCUCUAAACAUCCAGAAAAAUUUCACAUCAGCUUUGGAGGGUAUCCUUGAGGAUGCUUCUGAUCGUAGCGGGAACUUGCGUCUGGGGGAGGCUGAAUUCCCUGCUCACCAAGUGAAGCUAACGGCCUUGCAGUUAUCCACCGACCAUAGCACCAGCAUCGAAGAAGAAGUCUUGAGAAUCAAGAGAGAACAUCCAGAUGACAGCCAAUGCAUUGUCAACGACAGGGUGAAGGGUCGUUUGAAGGUCACAAGGGCCUUUGGUGCUGGUUUCCUCAAACAGGCGGGCUUGAACAAUGCACUGCUUGAAAUGUUUCGGAAUGAGUAUAUUGGUACUGCACCAUACAUUUCUUCUUCUCCUUCUCUUCGCCAUUAUAGACUUGGUCCGAGUGACCAAUUUUUGGUCCUCUCAUCGGAUGGAUUGUAUCAGUACCUAAGCAAUCAGGAAGUUGUCUCUUAUGUUGAAAAUUUUAUGGAUAAAUUUCCUGAUGGGGAUCCUGCACAGUAUUUAAUUGAGGAGCUUCUCUUCAGGGCCGCAAAGAAAGCUGGUAUGGAGUUCCAUGAAUUAUUGGAUAUACCACAAGGUGACCGAAGAAAAUAUCAUGAUGAUGUUACCGUCAUGGUGAUAUCUCUUGAAGGGAGGAUAUGGAAGUCCUCAGGCAAGUACUUGUGACGAUCAGUAUAUAGCAACUUCCAGUUGGUUUCUUGAGCGGUGAUUUGCAGCAUCUGUUGAUCCAGACAUGAGCCUGCGAAGAAACUCUUAGCCUGAGUUCCUCGAGAAAGUCUUAGAUUCAUGCAACGUGGUGCUGAAGCUACUGCUGAAAUGCACAACUGAAAACACCACUAGAUGGGAAGACUACUUCGGGUGCUCUGAGAAAGUACAUGUAUCUAUCUGAUAGCAUCACCUGUGAAGAAAGAAUUUAGAAAUGUAAAGUAGUGAAGGCUGUUUAUGGUUACUGGUGUUCGGUAUUCUUUUUCGGUUCAGUGAUCCAAAUGUGAAGCGCUGCUGAUAUUCAGAUCUUCCUGUUUGAAAUGUCUGCAUUGGCACGGCAGUUUCCAUGAAGGACCAUAUUUUGUUUCUCUUCCCUUUCCUACUUUCUGAAUUUCGGUUGUUGGGCAGGGUCUGUAGAGCUUGUGUACCUGGGGGUGGAGGAGAUAGUCAACCCAUAUGUACAUGACGUGGGGAAUUUAAUAUGAUACAAACACCAACAGAUCAAGGUAAAGUUUAUGAAGUACAUUUGUACCGAAAAUCUUUCAUUUCACAUAUAAAUGAAGAUCACCUCUUGUAUAUAUUUUUCUUCUUUAUUGUGCCCCUCCAUGCGGCUAUAUUUGUUGAGGGACCAAAUAUUUUGCAAUCAUACUCGUACUCGGAGAAGUUUACUCCUGAUCUUAUCAUCUCAUGGAUAUGGGAAUGAACUACUGGCGGAGGGGAGAUGCGUGGGGGCUGGUGGCCCACACCAGACCAUCAAAAGUUCCAGAAGAAUUUAUAUUAUGAUGACUUGAAAAGUACAUGGGGCACCCACAUUGAACUUGGGCUGGUGAGUCAGUGCCCCUCAGCCAACAAAAAUCCUGGUACCGCCACUGGCAUGGACCUGUUAUGACUAGAAGACACGAAUGUGAAAAGAAAGUCCAAAAUUAGGACUCUGUGUGGAUUUUUUUUUUUGUGUGUGUGUGUGAGAGAGCGAGAGUGAGCAAUAGUGCAAAUAAAGAUGGCAAUAAUGCAUUGAACUUGCAGGCGCUGAAGGUUGGAUGCUGAGAUCAGUUUGCAAAGAUUGUAUUUGCUCUUUCUUACUCUCUCUCAUCGCUCCUCAAAUACCGCGUUUUACGCUCUAACUUCCUUUAAUAGUCUGUUUUUUCUUAAAUGUUUUGCGUUAGAGGUUGCAGCAGUAACGUUUCAAUAUCAGAUCAACAAGGAAAACCGGAAAACCUGGAAGAGAUGAUGAUAUUAAACCCUGUAAAUCCCUUUAUAUAGUGGAAACUUCACAAAUGAAGAGCGUCAUGGAUGUAGCUCCUCCUUCUUGAGCGAACCACAUAUAAGCCGUGGCUUCCUCCUUGCUCAUCGAAGUAUAAUGUCGAUCUUUUAAAACACACCAGCAUGGAUGGAGCCGGAGCGAUUUCUUCUCCCCUUGUGCUUAAUCACAAGUUAAAUCUUUGCACGAUGGAGAACCUGCGGCGCAUCCUACUCGAUAUGGCCAAAAGUGGUUGGGGCACUUUAGUACUUGACUAUGACUUUAGCCUGACCUUGCCUUCUGCGUUAACAAAGUUUGCCAGUUUAUGCUUAUCACUCUACAGGAAUUAUUGGACUGGUGGCGUAUAUUAGGGCAUCUCAAGGCCACAGUGUUUCCAGGCUUGACCUUGUUAAAUUCUUCUAGGUUGCUUCUCUCUACCUUCUCUAGUGCAGACGGGGUGGUUGUGUUGAUGACUGCAAAUCAGUAGGAGAUAUGCUACAACCUUUUUUUUUUUUUUCUAUCAAGCACAAUAGCAGAGUAUCGAGCACUAGCUUCCACUGCAACAGAGGUUUUAUGGUUGACAUCUUUCUUGCAUGAACUUCAUAUUCACUUCGCAUCUCUGCCGUGCAUAUGGGUUGAUCGACAAUAUCGGACCCAGAAUCUGUUUUCUAAACACCUUUUUUGAUUGAUACGUAGGUUUGCAGAUCAGCUGGCUGAUAACAUGAACAAUGCUCUUCAUCCUGCUUGAUUCCAUUUGUUGCAAGCUUCACAUCCUGGCUAUAUAUUUCAGCUUGAGAUGGGCUGUUAAACAGUGACGUUUCUACACCAAAACAAGGGAAACAAUAUGGUGGCAAAUCGGGAAGAAACAAUGACAUCAAACCGAGGAAGACAGUUGACAAAAUUGGUGACGACUCUUUCCAAAAUGAUUGGAACGAUGCCUACCACCAAGAAGCUCUCCUGAACUGUAAAUCCCGUUUAUAAAGUGGAAACCUCGCCUCUCCGGUUCAAUGAGAGUGAAAAAUAUGUGAUGGACGUAGGUCCUUAACCCAAACACAUUCCCUUGGCUUUCAGCUAUUUUUGUUUUUCUUGGGUAUUAACAUUUUCAGUUCGCAAUAUGCCGAAUGAAAGGCCUCAUGUCAAAACACAGAAAUGAACUUUAAUCCAAACUGCUGCUAA